UAUGAAACUGCCUGGAUAAUUACUAAUAUAGCUGCUGGUUCUACGCAGCAUACACAAGCUUUAGUCGCCGGUGAUGUAACCCAACACCUUAUCAAAGUUCUUACCACGUCAACGAAUAUUGAAGUUCAGACGCAGAUUAUAUGGGCAUUAGGCAAUAUUGCCGGUGAUGGCGCCGUUUUCAGAGACAUUAUAUUAUCGGCUGGAGUGAUCGAACCUUUACUCUAUAUUUUAACACAUUACGAUAAAUACGAUUACAUGGCCGUUAGGAUAACAGUCUGGGCAACCGCAAAUAUGUGUCGUGGAUGUCGUUGUUCGGAUCCUUCAUGGUCUCUGAUUACUCCUGCUUUUCCAAUUUUGGGUAACAUGGUACAAUUGAACGAUAUCGAAAUUAUAUCUGAUGCUUGUGAGGAGAGUCUUACGUCUACUGUACAUUUACCUGUAUUGCGAACUUUAGUUAAUAUAGCGUCCGGUGCAGAGAAACAAACGCAGUCAGUUAUCGAUGCUGGUGCAUUGACCGUUUUGACGUCAUCAUUUUUGACAACGAAAAACUUGACACUACGGCGUGAUGCAUGUCUAGCGGUUUCCAAUGUGGCUGCUGGUACAUAUAAACAGGUAAAUGCUGUCCUUACAGAACCUAACCUAAUAGAGAGUAUUGUCGCUUUACUUUGGGAUAGCGACAUGAAAGUGGUUAAAGAAGCUUGUUGGGUUCUUAGUAACUCUACUAGUUUACAUAAUCCUGGUCAUAUUCA